AUGGCUACCACUUCUAUGGAUUACGAGGCCGCCAACGGUGACCGCUACGAUGGUUCGUUCUACCUCGAUACAAACCGCCGCUCUCAGCACGACGAGGCACUGACAGAUGUACGCGAUACAGACGAGGCUCCUCGUUAUGAGCGCGACAACCGCAGCGCCUCUCCCCGCCCUGCGCGUGAUGACGGCGACUCCGGACGUCGCCGCUCUGCCUCCCCUUCCGGCAACGGCGACCGCGAUCGCGACCGCGGCGCCAAGGAUGAGACCGGCUCUAGAGGUGGCGACGACGACGGUGCCAUCAACCCUGGCUCCAACCUUUUCGUCACUGGCAUCCACCCUCGUCUGACCGAGCAGGAGGUUACUCGCAUGUUCGAGAAGUAUGGUGAUGUCGAGAAGUGCCAGAUUAUGCGCGACCCUCAUACCAAGGAGUCUCGUGGCUUUGGUUUCGUCAAGAUGGUCACCUCCGACCAGGCCGAUGCCGCCAAGGAGGGUCUUCAAGGAGAGCAGAUUGAGGGCCGCACCCUCAGCAUUGAGAAGGCUCGCCGCGCUCGCCCUCGCACCCCGACUCCCGGCAAGUACUUCGGCCCUCCCAAGCGUGAGGGACGUGGUGGCGGCGGCGGCGGUCGAUUCAAUGACCGCUACGACGAUCGUCGUCGUGGUGGUUACGGUGGCGGCGGCGGCGGCUACGGCGGCGGUGGUGGUUACGGCGGUGGCCGUGAUGACACCUACCGCUACCGUGGCUACGAGCGCCGCGGCGGUUAUGAAGAUCGUGGCGGUGGCUACGAGCGUGGCUACCGCGAGGACCGUGGCUAUGAUCGCAGCUACCGUGAGGAGCGUGGCGGCGGCAGCGCUGGCGGCUACGAGAGACGUGAGCGUGGUGGCGACGACACCUACAGCAGCGGUGGCCGUGUUGACCGUUACGGUGGCAGCGGCGGCGGCGGACGUGAGGAGCGUGGCGACCGUUAUGCUCGUGGCGGUGAUGACCGUCGUGGCAGCGGUGCUGCCGGCUAUGAGAGACGCGAGCGCGGCGGCGAUGACACCUACACCGGCGGCGGCCGAGAUGGACCUCGCUCUCGCGAUGCCCCUGCUGGCGGUGCAGCCUACGCUGAUGCCCCUGCCCGCUCUGAGGGCCGUGAGGCCUACGGAGGUUGGAACUCUUGA